AUGAAAAAGUUAUCCGACUUUUACACGUACUCCAAGGACAAGUCUAUAUCUGUCUUUAAUUUUAAAAAGAAGGAGGAAGAAAAAAAGAAAAAAGAAGAAACAGGUUGGAUAAAAAAAGUAUAUUUGGAUUUUGAGAAGACAAAGAAUGAUACUUAUACAUAUGUGUCUAUUAAAACACAUCAAAUGAAGGAUAAAUUUAUGAAAUGGAAUUUAAGGUUUUUUAAGGUGAAUCAUUCAAAGUAUGAGCAUUUCCCAUGGUAUAAGAGAUUAUAUUACAUAAUGAAGGAUUAUAUUUAUAAUAUAUUAAAAAUAAAGGAAGAAGGAAUGGACACUUAUGGAGGACAUAUAGGUCCAAAUGAAAAGAAAAUAUCUCGAUUAACAUCAACAUUUGAAAAUUUUGAUUUUAAAAAUAGAUACGCACAAAAACAGUCUGAAGAUUCAAUGAUUUAUAAAUAUAGGGAAAAUUUAAAGAAAGAAAAAAUGAAUGAUAGUUAUCUUAGUGAACGUAGUCAGUCCGAGAUAACCCGAAGGAAUUUGUCGAAUGAAAUUGUAUCAAUGAAGGGAUGUGAGAGUAAACUGUAUGAAGAAAUGUAUUAUAAUAAUAAAAAUGAUGAUGAUAAUAAAAACGAUGAUGAUAAUAAAAACGAUGAUGAUAAUAAAAACGAUGAUGAUAAUAAAAACGAUGAUGAUGAUGAUAACAAUAAUAAUAUUAAUAAUAAUAAUAAUAAUAAUAAUAUCAAUUAUAAGAAUAGAUUGAGAAGUUUAAUGUCUAUUGGGAAUACGACCAAUGAAAAAGUUUAUUCAGAAAAUGAAUCCAAGGUUACACAUAGUAAUACUGUUGAUAAAAAUGAAAAUGAUCAUUUUUUAAAUAUAGAGAAUUCCCCAAAAUUUAAUAUAAAAAAUACAUGGGAAAAAUUAAGCGGAUACAUUUCAUAA